AUGUUCGAGAUGACGCCAAAAAUGGGAGAGUUUGCAGAUGUGGAGCCAUUAUCGAUUUCAACAGGGUUGCCUGACGAGUUAUGUGAAAUAAUGUAUACGGACGAAUACCGCGAACUUCUGGGUAUUGCCAGGUCUCUAAUGGCUCGCGGAGAGCUCAGUGAAAGAGCUUUGAGGCUCACUGGGAGGGUCAUAGAUCUCGCUCCAGCCUUUUACACCAUAUGGAACUACAGAUUUGACAUUCUGGUAUCUUUGAGCAAAGAUUUGAGCAAUGAUGAAAAAGUGCUUCGGCUGAAUGAAGAAUUGGACUGGAUCGACGAGUUUACUUUAAAUAACCCCAAAAACUACCAGAUAUGGUCAUAUAAGCAGUGUAUAUUGCAAAAUCAUCCAAGUCCAGUUCUGAAAAGGGAGCUACCGAUUCUGAAAUUCAUGCUUGACGAAGACACCAAAAAUUAUCACGUCUGGUCUUUUAGAAAAUGGUGUAUUCUAUUUUUCAAUGAUUUCUCCAAUGAACUGGAGUUUGCAGAUUCAAUGGUGGAAAGAGACGUUUAUAACAACAGUGCUUGGACGCACCGAAUGUUCAUUUUGAAGAACUUGAAGCCCACCGCCGUAGAGAUCAAAACCGAAGUGGAGUACAUCAUGCGCAAGAUCAAUUACGUACCACAGAACAUAUCGCCUUGGACAUAUCUAAGAGGAAUUUACGAGAAUUUUUUAGCCAGCAAGUAUGAUAACAAUAUCGUUGAAUUUGCAAAAAAAUUCACUAGUAAUGUAACAGAUUUAGAUUUUGAAGAUCCAAACGUGAAGUUACCGGAUAUAGAGUCCUCAUACUCAUUGGAAUUUUUGGCACAUAUAUAUUCUCUGCAAAAAACAACCAUAAUUAAUGCAAAAAGAGCAUACAUGGGGCUCAGCAGCAAAUACGAUCCUAUAAGGAAAUUCUACUGGGAUUCGCAAAUAUCAAGACUCCACUAA